CUCAGCUUCCCCAUUUCAGUGUGACCAUAUUGUGUGGGACUGCCUAGAUGUCCCCGCAGAAGAACUGGAAGAGCAACCAGGAAGAGAGGAGCCUGCAUAACCUGGAUAAGGAAACUGAUACAAACAAGAGUUGAAUAACAUGGCCAAGGGUCACGCAGCUAAUUAUCUUCCCUCUUCCCUUCAAAGUGGAAAACAUCCACCAGAAAACCCAGUAAACCCAUUCAUAAAGAUUUCAUCUGUGGGGAAGGUAUGGUCAAAGCCACCGGCAUCUUACUGAAGAAGUCCAAGAGUAGUCAGGCAGCUUUUGCACCACAAGACCACAAAAUAUUCAUGGAGGAUGCAUACAAUUCGGCCAUCUGUUUUAAGCUUCUCCGGGACUUGGGGAGUUCUGACAUCCCCCGAGUAAAAAUGGUAACCAAGAAACUCAACAACAUGGCUAAGAUAGAGCAGAAUAUGGUACUGGAGACCAUCAACAAUUACUUCAUGGACAACUUAGAGCUUUCUGCCAAGCACAGAUACCGAUUAUUCCAGGUCCUUGAGAGCAUUAUCCUCGAGGCUCCGGAAAUCCAGGAUGACUGGGGAGAAAGAUGUAUUGGGCUUGCUUUGGAAAACAUGACCAAGACAACGGAACUAGAAGAUAUUUAUCAGGAUGCUGCCAGCAACGUGCUCUUGGCUAUGUGCAAACACUCUUGUAAUCUAGUGUUCAGCAAGAUCGAGGAAGAUUUUCUAACUGGCAUUUUCCCCCAUCGCAGCCUUCUCUAUGUGUUGGGCAUCAUCUCCACCAAUGAUGAACUACUUACUCCCACACAGAGAGAUCACUGGCAGGAACAGCUGAUUCAGAUAGGAGCCAGGUCUGUUCAGUUCUUAACAGUAGAUGGAUGGGCAAAGUCACUAAUGCUUGCUGUCACCAGACCUGACCGGACUUACGCGGAGCAAAAUCCAGAAAAGACUUUCCUGUUCAUCUACUAUGGGAUGAUUCUCCGAGCAGCCAACAACAGCUCCAUGGUCAGGAAACACCUAAGGUCACUUCUGGACACAUCCCAUCAGUCCCUGCAACAGAGAGAGGGAAUUGCCCUCACCAUAGGGUUAACAGCAGCACGACAUCUGGAUGAUGCUUGGGCAGUCCUGGACCAGUUUGGCCGGACAGGACCUUUGAAGCAGAUUCUUAACAACUUUAACAUUAAGGAGGAAGAAGACCCAAAGUGGAGGUGGGCCAGAAGUACCAUCCUUCUCUCCUAUGGGCAGAUGGCAGCCAAGGCCAAAGAGAAUAUCCUCCCUUGGGUGGACAACAUCUCCUCGAGAAUGGUCUUCUACUUCCAAAGUAGCUACUGGGAUGAUACCCUCAAGCAGAGCUUCCUAGAGGCAGUCCUGUUGCUGGUGGGGGCCAUCAGCAGGAACGAGGGGGCCCACAGUUAUGAGUUCACCCAGGUGCCUGAGCUCAUCAACAGCCUACUGGUGCUGAUGAAGAAAGAACCCCAGGACACUCUCUGUACCACAACUCGACAGCAGGUCAUGUGCGCCAUUUCAGGACUUUGCAAACUGAGGCCAGUGUUGGACUUUAAAAGGAAAUCCAAGAUUCUCUUCACUUGCUUCCAAAGUGUGUUUAAACUCCCCUUGGUGGAGGCUCUGGAGAAGCACACCUGUCUCCUCGCAGACCCUCCUGACAUACAGAAACUCUACAUGGACACCAUGACCACCUUAGAUGAGCUUCUCCAGAGCUUAAUCACAGAGAAUCCCAAACCAGAAGAACUUCACUGCAUGCUAGGGCACAUGUACAGCUGGCUGGCCUCGGAGAAGGUUCAUGAGCGUCAGCGGGCAGUUAGGAGCUGCAUGGUUCUCCUCAAGUUUCUGGCCCAGAAAGCCUUCCUGGAUACAACAGAGGAAUUUGGAAGAAUUGGGCACAUUGUGGGCAUGCUGGGCAUGUUAUGUCAGGAUCCAGACAAAGACAUACAACAACUGGUGCUUGAAGCAAUUAACUAUCUCUACCAAAUCCUCCUCCAUCAGAAAGGCUUGAAUGCACCUGACCUUUUCAGAAACAUGGGGCAGAGUGAAGAAACCUGUCUGAGUCUGUCAGAGCAGGAACCAAUACCCAUGCCGGAGAUUCCUCUCAACCCCAGCUCCCACAUUAUUAAGGAGUUUUCGAGGCAUUUCUCUUUGCCUCAGAUGAAAGAUCUCAUCCAGACAGUGAUGGAUGGUCUAAGGGGUAACCUGGAUUUCCGAAUGGAAACUGCAGGAGAUAUGCUCAUUGUCAUCCUAGAAGAUUUUGGGCCUUGGGUAGAGAAGGUUUCAGAUAUCAGCCAGAUCCUCUAUUGCCACUUUACCUCCACUGACUCAGUGAAUGUCAAGAAAAAAAUCCUGAAGGCCAUCACCUUGCUGUCUAGAUACCACACCCAGGAACUAGUGAACUCCUUCCUGAAGUAUUCUCUCCCACUGGACCGUGAAACCAUCAACAUUUGGCGGGCCAUGGGGUUAGAGAAGCUGACUGCCCCCAAGGUGCUCCAUGUGCUGCUCACCAAGCUACAGGAGCGGCCACGUUCAGCGGAAGUCACCAAGACCAAGGAGACUGAACUCUACCUGGAUUCACUAGCUGCUAUGAAUACACUCUAUGAAAUUCAGUAUUGCCGUGAAUACAAAGAGGCUGUGCAGAACUGGUACCCACAGCUCCUCCUGGGCCUCCUCACUCAGCUGCACUACAUCUUUGAGCUAGGCUUGCUUGAAUCACCAAAGAAGAAUGAGACGUCACAGGGGGCAGAACCAACGACCAGCCCUCAGAGAACCUCUCUGGAUUCUGUGAAGAGUCUUCUGUACACCAGUGGCCACUGGAAGGACUUUGCACAGUUAGAGCUACAAGGAGCCUGGGAUCUCUUCUCCAGCUUUGAUACCUACAAUCAGGGGGUGACCCUCAUUGCCAGGGCUAUGGUGCAUAAUUCCUGCAGCCAAAUCAAAGGACUCCUUUACCAGACCAUCUCCAACGUGGAGGCCAAACUGGAACGUGACAAGAAGGUGGCCAGCCUCUUUUUCACAGAGUUUCUCAACAGCCCUGUGAUACUGGAGGAACUACCUAAACAGGCCAUAUUGUCACACCUCCAUCAAGGGCUGGCUGACCCCAAUCCUUCCAUCCGAGUGAUAAGCCUGCAAGGCCUCAAGAAUGUCAUCUUUGACUCAGAGAAGGGUAACCUUCUCCGAGCCCAGCUGCCAGCCUUCCUGGAGGGUUUCUACCAUGAAAACGAGCAGGUGGUCAUCAGGGUAAUGAGCACAGUGGCUGAUGUCCUAUACUGCCUGGGGCAGCAAGGGACUGGCCACCAGUGCCAAGAGAUUGCCCUCAAUCUUCGCAAUUUCUUUGAUGAUGAUCGAGAUAAGGUCCGAGCAUCAGCCAUCUCCCUGUUUGCAGACCUAGUGAUUUCCAUGGAGGGAAAGGAUUACUACACUCUGAAGCCCCAGGUGCACCAGAGCCUGAUACCCCUUCUCAUGCACCUGAAGGAUGAGUGCCCAGCAGUUAUAACGAAAAGCAAGUUCACUUUCUACCGUUGUGCUGUGUUCUUGAACUGGAAGCUCCGCCACACACUGUUCUGUACACUGGCCUGGGAGGAAGGCCUCAGUGCCCGCCACUUUCUCUUUUCCUGUCUGAUGGAGAAUAGCGAUGAAGACUUUCAGAUCCACCUCUCGCAGGCCCUCAGAUAUCUCCACAGUCACCAUCAAAACCUCAAAAUUUCAGCUGCCUUGUUUAUAGGCUACAUCAUCUGUUAUUACCCUGAUGCUAUCUUCCAGAAAGCAAGAGAUUCUGACUUGGCCUUGUUCUAUUCCACUUUGGAAGAACUAAAGCAAGACCCGGAACAGGCCAUCAGGGACUUCGCCACAAAGCACAUCGUCUUCCUCGAUGAAGUAUCCAAAAUGAUGCACUGACCUCAUACCUUGCCUAUCCCCACGUCACCCUCCUUCUUCCUCCAUGUCUGAUGUCUCCCAUUCCUUUUGGGCACUCUCCUUAUUCCCAAAUUGUUUUUGUUUAAUUGCUCUGCUUUUUUUUUUUUGAUUUAAAAGAAAAAACUAGGUUCAAAGGAGCCUCUGACCUCUUGCUUGUCCCCCACUCUGUUCCUCUUCCCUUCCCAAUGCUCCUUUCCCUCCUAAGAAGGACAUGGUGUGGAUACCCUGCUGGACUAAGCUAAGCAAGGUGUCCUGGAAAACAGACUAGCCCAAGUUGGCUCAUUCUGCUCUGCUUCGUCCACGUGGAUGGACGUGGGCCCACUCUGAAAUGCUCUUAUACGGGGCUGUGAAUGGCCAUGCUUAAGCUGAGCUGUAGAGAUAUCUAUUCAUGAAGUCACUCUUGGUGCCUUAUGGUUCUCCUACAAAUUAAGAGUCCAGAGCCCCUUUGUAGGUAGGUGUAGGAAGGGUGCCUGCCUCCAAACUCUUGGUCCCAGUGCUUCCCAGCCAAGAACAUGGCUCCCUUUGGGCUGGAAUACCCUAGUGUACCCCCUUGCCCUCAAUGGGCUUGAAUUUAGCUUUCAGCUAGUGAGAUGGCUGCUCUCAUCCUCCCCUUUUCUCCACUAGACUCCAGGCUCAAUUACUUAAUUGCUCAACAAAUACUUAAUAAGCAGGUACCCAGGGCUAGAUGCUAGAGAUUCAAAAACAAAAGAUGAAACAGUCCCUGACCCCAAGGAGUUUACACUCUACUGGGAGAGAGAGAGGGACAUAUGACAUAUGAAAAUACAAAUCAACAAAAAGUUAUAUGAGGAGAAAGAGAAUAUCAACUGGGAGGGUCAGGAAAGGCUUCAUGUUGAAAGUAGCACCCAAGCAGAGCCUUUAAGGAAGCUAAAACUUUUAAGACAGUAGUCUACAAACAUUUUUUUUGAUUGUGCAUCCCUGUUCUUGCAUCAUAUUCUAGAGCACGUACCCUCAAUAUAUGUAUGUAUACUAAUAUCUGUAAAUUAUAUACAUGUUCAUGGUUUUAAAAGUCCAGUUUAUUUUAAUAUUUGAUUUUAAUUACUGUCAUACCUCAAAAAGAUACUUCAAAAGAUACUUAAAUUCAAAUGGAAAAAAAAUGUGUGGUUGGCUUUACUUACUAAAUCAUGAUACUCAUUUUUUUAAUCUAUUUCAUCAGUUUCACAAAAGAUCAUUGUUGGAAUUUGGCCAGCAAAUUUCCAACUUCUCGAUGUCAAUGAGUUAGUCUUGCAAACUAAUUGGAAAGUGUUAUAUUUUUAUACUAUCAACAAAUGGGUUCAUAACUCACUGAAAAUCUCCAUUUGGAAGAAAAACACACUAGAAAAUUCCAUUUGUAAGUUUUUUAAGUAUACAGAUAGACUUUAUGGGUAACACAUCAUUUUGGGCAACAAAAUCACACAACAAUAGAAACAUUUCUGAACAUCCAUUUUCAAAAUGUUAUUUCCCUUAGCAUGAGUUUCUUUCAAAAAGCAGUUGCCUUCUUAUUCAUUGUUAAAAUAUCACAUUUAUCUGAUUUACAAAGAUAUGUAGAGAACUAACACAGAUGUAUAAGACCAAAAGCCAGUUUCCAAUGGAUAAGUGGUCAAAGGGUAUGAACCAAUAAUUCCUGAAAGAACUGUGAACCAUAAAUCAUAUGUGAAAUUGCUCCAAAUCGUUGAAAAUGAGAGAAACAUACAGCAAAACAAUUCUGAGAUUUCACUUCAUACCCAUCAAAAUUGUAAAUAUGAAAGUAAUCAGUGUUGGAGGGGUUGUAGAAAAACAAGCACACUAAUUAACAGAGCCAUGAAUUGAUCCAGCCAUGCUAAAAGGAAUUGGGAAUUAUGAUAAAACAAUAACUAAAGUGUUCAUAUCCUUUGAUACAGAGACCAUACAGUUAGGCACAUAUACCAAAGAGGUCAAAGAUAGGAAAGCCUAAUAUUCACCAAAAUAUCUACAGCAACACUUUUUGCAGUAGAAAAAAAUGGGGAAAAGUAGAUGAUCAUCAUUUGGGGAAUGGCUAAAUAGAUGGUGGCAUGAUGGGUUAUUAAUACACCAGUGAAGACCACAGGGAGCCAUGGGAAGAUUUAUAUGAACUAAGACAAAGUGAAGUGAGCAGAACCAAGAAACAGAGAGAAUGACUACAACAAUGUAAAUGGAAAGAAUAACAAAACAAAAUGAAUACAGUGUGAUUAGAAUGAAGUUUAGCCUCAAAGAAAACUAAAAAUGCAUCUUCAUUCUUUGCAGAGUGUGACUAUGAAUGUCAAGUACGACAUACUGUCAGACUUGACUGAUAGAUUGGUUGGUUUUAUUGUGCUGUCUUUUUUUUUUCUCUUUUAUCCUUUGUUAUAGAGGAUGGUUCUUUGGGUGAGGGGAAAGUAUUGGGAUGUAUUGGGAAAUUAAGGUGAUGUAAAAGCAUUUUUUUUUAAAUUUAAUAUCAACUCUACCUUAAAGAGACAGUUUGAGAAUAUUUUUUUAAUAUCUGCUAGGUAUCAUGUUACUGAUCAUCGCAAAAAAUGAUUAGCAAAUUUGUGACAUUUUUCUUUUUGGAAAAAAAUAUUAAAUUCAGUAAUUCUUUCAAGUUUUUUCAGGAAAUAAAAAUAACCAGUGAACCUCUUUGUGGUGAUAAUGUUGGCAUUCAUAAUGGAGGGAGGGGAAAGAUUUUUGGAAGGGUUUGUUUUUUGUUUUUGUUUUUUUUGUUUUGGUAGCAUCUGCCAAAUACUUCAUCAUGAAAUUUUUUCCAAUACUUGAGUCUAGAAAUCUACAAAUGUUUUUGCAAUGUAUCUUAUAUUCAAAUAUACAUCCCUUACUCUUCCUAUGGCUUAUUUCACGAGUCUAGAGAUUAAGCUAAGCUUGUAGCAUUAAAAUCAAGCAUGUGAAGCAUGUGAAUCAAAUACCAAAAUGCAUCUGUGAUUCUAUCAAUUUAGCCAAUGAGCACUCAAGUAUUAAGUGCCUACUACAUUUCAGAGAAGAAAGUACAACUUUGGCAACUGAUUGGAUACAUGGGUUAAAAUUGGGGGCUGAGGAUGACAUCCACGUUGCACAUCUGGAUGACUAAAAGGAUAAUGGUAACCUUGACAAAAAUGAGAGUCUGGAUGAUGGCUGAGUUUGAUGGGAAAGAUAAUUGAGAUUUUUAGUGCAGACUAUGCUUGCCCAAUCUUGUGAUUCAUCUCACCAUGAAGACAAGAGGACCAGCCAAGGGUUUCCUAGUACAGCCACAAGAUGAAGUAGGGAAUGGAGAGUGGGUAAGUUAGGAAGGGAAAGGAUUUUGCCAGGUCCACAUGUGUAGCUACAGAGGGUACCUGGAUCAUGGUUAGGUUAAAACAGCUUAGUAUGAAAGGAGAGGUUGGAAAAACUUGCACAGCAGUGGAAAAAGACAGACUAGAGGAGUGUUUGGGGAAUAAUAGAGGAAAGGGGUGGUCGUGUUGUGUUGGAGACAAGAUUGGCGAUCAUGGGGCAGGGGAGGAUAUGACCCAGAUUCCCACCCUACAAUCAGUUGGCCUUGGAUCAUCAGCAGUCACCUCAUAGAUCUUUGAGGAUGCAUGGUCCCUGAUUUGGAGACUACUGUUCUAAAAGACUAAGCUGAGGAAAGAAUACAUUUCAGGCAUGUGGGGAUAGCCUAAUGCAGAGUCACAGAGACAGAGGAUAGGAUGCCAAGUUUCAGGAGCAGCUACUAGAUCAAGGCGGCUAGAAGACUGAGCACAUGAGGGAAACAACACAAACUAUGUCUGGGAAGGUGAGUGGGAAUCAAGAUGGUGGGUGAUAUUAAAUACCAGGCUGAUGGAUGUCUUUUUUCCUAGAAGCAAUAGGGAGCCACUGGAGAUGGUUUUAGG